AAUACAAAGUAAUAUGGCAAACAUCCUUUAUUCUUAAAAUCUUAUCUUCCUUUUCUUGAAAGGAAUAUAUACUGUUCCCACUUCCAUUGGUAAAAAAAUUCAACAAAUGGAGCUCUUGCAUUGAUUCCUAUCAAUCUCUCUUCUACAACACCGACUAUAUCGCUUCGUUAAAUAUACAUGCAACCUGAUUUGUUUCUUAUAUUAUGCUAGUAAUCUCCAAUCCAUAGCACUGAGAAGAGAACCAACCAGUUGAAGAAUAUGGCUUCCAAGAGAAUAGUAAAAGAGCUCAAGGACUUGCAGAGAGAUCCACCAACUUCAUGCAGUGCAGGUCCUGUCGGCGAGGACAUGUUUCAUUGGCAGGCAACAAUCAUCGGUCCAAAUGAUAGUCCUUAUGCUGGUGGUGUUUUCCUUGUUACCAUUCAUUUUCCUCCUGAUUAUCCCCUCAAACCUCCCAAGGUUGCAUUCAGGACAAAGGUAUUUCAUCCAAACAUUAACAGCAACGGAAAUAUUUGCCUCGACAUACUCAAAGAACAAUGGAGUCCCGCUCUUACAAUAUCCAAGGUGCUGCUCUCUAUAUGUUCUCUGCUAACGGAUCCGAACCCCGAUGACCCUCUUGUGCCUGAAGUUGCUCAUAUGUGCAAAACCGACAGAGUCAAGUACGAGUCUACUGCUAGAAGCUGGACUCAGAAGUUUGCCAUGGGAUAAGAAUUAUACUUUUUGAAGUGUAUAAGAUUUGGCCUUCAAAUUCCGGCAUUAGCGAACAACAUGCAUACAUAUAAGAAUUUUUCUCAGUCUGUAAUUGGAGCAUGCUCUCUAUGAAUAAAUGCUACUCUUUUUUGGUGUUUUUCUUUUAUUCAGCCUAUUAAAAUUGUACCAGAAAGCCAAAAUCAUUGUGCACUUAUUCAUGAAUUUUGAUUUGUAUUUCAAGCCUUGGUGUUUAUGUUGAUUGAAAUGAAUAUUUCUUUUAAGUGGGGGUCAAGAAGAACAUAGCUUUGAAGUCUGACUUGUAGCCUAAGAAAGCCGAUUUUCUAGCUCUAACUUCUAGUUUAGUUAUGUGAGACUGCAAAGUUGAAGUAUAUACAGACAGACACAAACUUCGAUGAGUUGAGAUCAAGUUCUUGAUCUGUCAUAUAGCAUAUGAUAUGGUGAUUUGUUUUGGAGUUAAGUGUGGUAACUCUAUUUAUGAGGAAAAUAACACGAUUGAGGGUAUAUGACCAAUAUUGUCUGGGAAGUUUGGAUUGUUAAAGUAAAGAUCUUUCAACAUUCAGAA